GGCAUCGAGUUCUCGCUGCCGGGCAACCUCCUCGGCGUGCCCGCCUUCGUCGAGCAGUUCGGCAAGCUGUCCCCGGCGACGGGCACCUACGCCGUCGAGGCCAAGGUCCUCACCAUGUGGGCGUCGCUCUUCGCCACCUUCCAGGUCCUGGGCCUCAUCGCCGGCGGCUGGGCCAUGGACCGCUUCGGCCGUCGCCCGACCCUGUACAGCGUCAUCUUCUUCACCUACAUCGGCGUCAUGCUCGAGGUCAUUGCCAAGGACUGGCAGACGUGGCUCGGGUCCAAGAUCGUUAUCGGCUUCGGCACCGGCAUCAUGCAGGCGUCCGUCACGACCGCCGUGUCCGAGUUCGCACCUCGCGAGCUGCGCGGUAUCGCCCUCAGUCUGUUCAACAUGUGCAUGAACAUCGGCGGUCUCGCCGCGACGAUCAUCCCGUGGGCCACGAACAACCACUUCGGCCUCGACGACCGCGCUUUCCGGGUCCCUCUCUACGUCGCCCUCGCCUGCCCAACCAUCUCGCUCGCCCUCGAGCUCUGGCUCCUCCCCGAGUCGCCCUGGUGGCUCCUCAUGAAGGGCAAGAAGGACCAGGCCCGCAAGUCGCUCGACUACUUGUACUCGAGCCAGCCCAACUACGACUCGGACCGCUCGCUCGCCGAGCUCGAUCGGCGCAGCGCCCUGACACCUCGUGUGAACGCGCAGGCCAAGUCGACGAGCUACCUCGACUGCUUCAAGGGCACGAACCUGCGCCGCACCUUCGUCGCCGUCUUCCCGCCUUUGACGCAGAACAUGUCGGGUCAGAACCUCGCCGGUACCUACGGCACCUACUUCUUCCAACUUGCCGGCCAGAAGGACCCCCUCAUCUCGUCCGUCAUCACGACCGCCGUCGGCCUCUUCGUCAACUUCUGCAGCUUCUUCCUCCUCGAGCGCAAGCGCGUCGGUCGGUGGCUCCUCCUGUUCGGCGGUCUCCUCGUCAUGACGGCGUGCAUGCUCGCCAUCGGCCUCAUCGCCGCGGGUUCGUCCAAGCUGCGCGCCAAGACGGCCACCCUCAGUGUCGCCGGCAACGCCGUCGCCGGCCUCGUCUGGACCUCGGUCUUGCCCUACAUCCUCGACGCCGACCAGGCGAACCUCGGUCCCAAGGCUGGCUUCAUCUUCUUCGGCCUUGGCGUCUUCUGCUGCCUCGGCGUCUACUUCUACAUCCCCGACCUGACCGGCCGCUCGUUCGCCGAGAUCGACGAGCUCUUCGCGCGCCGCAUCAAGGCUCGCCAGUUUGCCAAGACCGAGACGACGGGCCAGUACGGCCAGGACCUCGGCGAGACGGUCAACCGGGUCGAGUCGUCGGACGCGCAGUCGAAGGAGCGCAUGUGA